CCUUGAUCAACUCGGAAUUUCCAAUCAAUUACAAUGUCUCGCUACGCCGCCGCCCAUGCAAACCCUCAGGGUCCUGGCGAUUCUCGUCCUACAGCUCUCCAAAUUGUCAGCGACAACGACAUGGAAGGCAAACUGGUUGGGAAAGCGGCCGUCGUUACUGGAGUUUCGUCCGGCCUCGGUAUUGAGACAUCCCGAGCACUCGCAGCGACCGGUGCAAGGCUCAUCCUUACCGCCAGGGACUUGGCCAAGGCAAAGACUGCCCUGGCUGGUAUAUGGCAAGAGGACAAGAUGGAACUUGUCGAGAUGGACCAGAAUUCGCUUGAGAGCGUUCGAGUCGCCGCAAAGAUCAUACUGGCCAAGACGGACAAGGUCAACAUCCUCGUCAACAACGCUGGAAUCAUGGCUGUCCCCGAUCUUCAGCUGAGCAAAGAUGGCUACGAGUCUCAAUUCGCCGUGAAUCACCUUUCUCAUUUCCUCCUCUUCGAAUUGCUGAAGCCAGCGCUGCUCAAAGCGACUACACCCGACUUCCAUUCCCGGGUUGUCGUAGUCUCCGCCGCAGCUCAUCGAAUCAGCCCUAUCGGCGACUCGGACGAUUACAAUUUCCAAAGGUCAACAUAUGUGCCUUGGAUGGCCUACGCGCGCUCGAAGACGGCCAACAUCUACAUGGCCAACCAGAUCGAGCGCGACUACGGUCGUCUGGGGCUCCACGCAACAAGUCUCCAUCCCGGGGUCAUUGGCACUGGCCUAGUCAAGUACAUCCCCGCAGAGGUGGUGGAAAAGAUGAGUCUAGAUUUAGGCCCCGUGAUCAAAUCUACGGAGCAAGGAGCUGCGACUACGAUUUGGGCUGCGAUUGGCAACGAGUGGGAAGGUCGCGGGGGUGUUUACCUCAACGAUUGCGCUGAGGCGGAGCGUGGUGAAGAUGACGGUGUGCCUGCCAAAGGAUCAUAUGUGAGCCACACUUACAAUGCCAAGGAAGAGGCUAGACUGUGGAAGGACUCCUUGAGGAUGGUUGGAUUGCCGGAGGAGAGCUGAGGAGCUCCGGGCAUGGGGUUAUUGAGUUGAACAGCUGUUAGCAAGGGAAAUCUCUACAUCAUGAUUAUAAAUGAGCGCGGCCGUAUCAUAUUGUAUGUGGCUCAAAUCACGUCAUGAGAUGCUGAUUCAAGAUUGAUUAUAUUGUAGAAUGAAGAAAGACCGAUGUUGUUGAAUUGAGGGCAUUUGUAGACUGUGGGAGGGUUAGGUUUCACCAGAUCUACAUCGACAGUGUAG